AUGGCGUCCGCACGCAACCGCGAUGUGAUCGAAAUGUUUCGCGGCUGGGAGAAAGAGUUCGAAGACGCCGUCGACAAUGACGAUCGGCUGGUGAUUGUGGCCAGGGUGGUCACCCACAAGGUGCGGCCUUUGUUGAAGGAGGCCAAACAAGAUACCGCUCUGUACAACGCCAUUAGAGAAUACGAAGGCUUCAUAUUGACGCUCACCAAGGCGUGGAACCACAAGACGUCCGUGGCCGGGUUUACCAAGACAGCGGCCGCUGUUAUCCGCAGAGAAACACUGCCUCGAGAGUCUCCUUUGGCGGGGCCCGUAGAAUCAGACCUCAACCCGCCACCCGCUGCCCCGUUGUCGCCCCGCGCUGAGAGCCCCGCUGCCCCGGAAAAACCCGUCAACCCGCCCCCCGCAGAGAGCAUUCGGUCUUCCAGCCCGCCCCAGCCACCAAGACUCGACACCCGCGCUGAGAGCCCCGCUGCCCCGGAAAAACUCGUCAACCCGCCCCCCGCAGAGAGCAUUCAGUCUUCCAGCCCGCCCCAGCCACCAAGACUCGACAAGGGCAAGGAAAAGAUAAAGCCCCGUCCCACCUUUGGCAAGAGGACGGCCAAGGGCCUCUCCGAAGGGACUCCUCCGCCGCAAGCUACCCCCCCGGCGGAAGAGCCCAAAGCGAACCCAGUCGACGAGCACGACACCCAGCCACUCGUCGCGCAGGACGACCUACAGUCGACCUUGACCGGCCGGUGCUACGAGCUCUGCUGCAAAAGCUGCCUGAAAAACAAACGUCUUUGCCGAGAGGCCGCUGGCAAAAUCGGCUGUUUCUACUGCGUGCGGUCGAAGCACACAUGCAUCUUUCCUGAGGGGGAACAAAAGUUGAUAACCCCCUCCGAACCUCUUGGGCCCCCGGAUCCCCAACGCCCUCGAGCGGCGAAAGCUGCCUCUUCAAAGUCUACCAAAAAGACGCAGCCCGCCGUUGGCGACAGCCAAUACGACGCCAUCGAAAUCGACAGCGAGGAAGAGACAGCCAAGGCUCCCACCAAGCGCAGCAAUCGAGCUGCGAAGACCAAGGCGAAGAGCAGGAUAAAGGCGGAGAUCAAGAAGACGGCGCGGAAAGAGAGUGACGGAGACAGAGACAGAGAAGCCGACGAAGAUGGGGAUAAAGUCGAAGACGCCCCUGGACCCAUGCUGCGACGUCGAUGGGUGGCCAAGCCCCCGCCCUACAUUCCAAUUCCCGACGCUGUCCCCGACCCGCCCAGCACUGGCGAGCUCUUGGACGGCCCGACCAACGGCGUCGCGGCGGGUGCAGAAAACGCCCGCCUCGAGCGGCGAGUACGUGUGCUCGAAGACACGAUCGUCAACCUCCUGCACGCCUUCGGCAUGGAGGAGCCCCUGAUCAGCGGGAAAAGGACCGACGCCAACGAGGACGACGAGACGCUUGCAGUCGUUUCCUGGGGGUUGGGACCUCGGGCGAGGGAUAGGAUGCUUAACAGGUUAGACGAGCUGUAUGAAGGUGGGGUGGAUUGGGGGCAGCUGUUCAAGACCGGCGAGCCCGCCAAGAAGGCAUCCGCUGCAAGUGCGGACGACAGCGAUCUCGAGGUCUCGGCCAUUCAUCCUGCCGGAGCGGCGUCGUCUUCAAAGGCGACCCCAAAGCCCAGUACUGGAAAGGCCGCACCCAUCAUAUCCGUCAAUCGCCCAAAGGCCACCAAGCCCAAGGCUGUCGCGCCCCCCGCGUCCUCUUCCACUGCUACCACGGAGGUCGACGGAGCUGCUCCGCGCAAACGACGAAAAUCGCCUUUGGCAUCGGAUGACGCAAAGCGCAGGCGUGUAGUGUAG